AUGAACGUCGUGUGCGUAGUCAUCGGAUCCGGGUGCCUCCAGAUCAGCUACGCGUUCUCCAAGACCGGCUGGAUCGGGGUACUGUUCAUCGUCCUGUCGGCUGCAAUUUCAAUGUACACCGGGCAUCUGUCAAUCAAGUCGCUCUACCACAAGCCCGGCCACCGGCUGUACUCUGCGUCCGACACAGCGCGGGCAGCGUACGGACGGAUUGGACAGUUUGUGAUGGAGUUCUUCAGCUACCUGUACACCCUGGGCACAGCGUGUCUGUACAUGAUCCUGGCGGGGCAGUUCCUGAAGCAGCUGGUGGAGGACCACACGUCAAUUGACAAGCGCGUAUGGAUUGUGAUCCUGGCAGUGGUGAUGUGGGUUCCGGUUGCGCUGUUCAAGUUCCUGACGGAGGCCACGAUCCUGGCGCUGUUUGGGUUCCUGACCUCGUGCGUGGUGAUUCUGGUGGGCACGAUCCAGUCGCUGCGGUUCCCCGAGUACCCGCACUUCCACGACUCGGCGAUCGGCAGCGGUGUGCCGGUGGCGCUCUCGUCGAUUCUGUUUUCGUUUGCGGGCUCGGUAAUUUACCCGCACGUCGAGGCGUCGAUGAAGAAGCCGCGGCGCUGGCCGCUGGUCAUCAUGUGUGCGAUGACAAUCUGCGGCACAGCGUAUCUUCUGAUCGGCUGCGCCGGGUACUGGGCAUAUGGACGCAAUGUGCAGUCGCCGCUGCUUGACUCAAUCCCGCACGACAACGCAAACAAGGCCACGGUCGGCCUGGUAAUGAUCCAUGUGAUUAUGGCGGGUCCGAUCCUGAUGUUCUCGUUCUUUGUGGAGAUCGAGAAGAAGUACCGGAUCCAGGCGUCGCACAUGGGCAAGAAGAAGGAGCUGAUUGUGCGUAUUGCGUACCGGACCAUCACGGUCGCGGUGGUGUGCGCGGUCGCGGUCGCCCUGCCGUUCUUUAGCUCGAUUCUGUCGCUUAUUGGCGCGCUGUCGUGCGGCAUGAUCCUGGCGGUGCUGCCGGUGGUGGUGUAUCUGAAGCUGUACGGAUGGCGCUCGGUUCCCUGGUACGAGCUGAUCUGGAUGUUCGUUGUGGUUGCUAUCGGCUUGAUUGCAUGCGUCUGGGGAAGCAUUGACGCGAUCCAGUCGCUUAUAAAGGAUGUCAACAACCAGUAA